UUAGUUUAAAAAAAAUUUGCAAUGUAUACCUUUGUGGUUGUAUGACGAAGCUUGCCUGGACAAGACAUUAGGGGAUCACAUGUUAAGCUGAAUCGACGGCUUUAAAUUAUUAGGGGGAUUCUCUUGCGCAAAUUCUUGCAUCCUAGUAACACACAGCUGCUAUACCACAGCCGAUGACAUCAUAACACAUACAUUACCACCGAACAGAACUCACCACACUUCUACAUCAACCCACUAAACAUAAAGUAUGGUCCGCUGAGCAGGUUCAACACAUUUGGUCACACACAGUUCGCACGUCAACAAUCAUCUACAAGACAUUCGUUUACACACAACCGUGCUGAUACUUCCGACUCGUCUGCGCGCCUAACUUGGAUCGGCCGUGAUCUUGAACGUUUUCGACAUCGCUUCGUUCCACAUUGAUCCCGCAUUUGUUUCCCUAUUUGAAUAAGUUUCCAUUUGGUGUAACCGGAAUUUGUAUUACAAAUAAAUUAACACUUAUUUCCUAUCCGCUCAAAUAAUGCUUUUAAUUAGUAACAUAAAUCGCGAGUGUUAGUGACUUAUAAAGCUUAAAUGCAGUGGUCUGAUUCUCACUUGGCUGUGCACCCAAGUAUUCAUGGUCCUUCGAGCCGAAAAGACAGGCACUAUAAACUUACAGCCACAAGAAAACCACAAAAUAAAAGAAAAACAAACUAGUGCAGUGAAGUGCAGUAAUAUACAUAUGUACAUACAUAUAUGUAUAAUUGUAUGGUGACCCACGAAAAAACAAUAAUAAAAACAAAAAACCCAAACAACACAGUGCAGUGACCCAACCAGAACCAAAAUUAAAAAAAAAAAAAAAACAACACCCAUAUAUUUAUAUACAUACAUAUACAACAAAUAGACAAAAAAGUGCAGUGUCGCAACAAAAAAGAAAAACACGUAUGUAUAUCUGUAUAUUACUUAACUAAAGUGGUGACGAAAGAAAAAAAAAAAAACAAUUGUAUAUCAAAACCAAAUUGAAUAUGGAUGAAAUUCCUAAUUAAACAAAAAAACAUUAACACAUGUUAAAAUUUCGAACCCACAAAACAAAAAUUAUAUAAAAACAAAACAGUGGAAAUAAACUAAAAACAAACACUAUUCGGGCGCAAAACCUAAAAGCAUAAAUCGGGCGCGAAAUCUAAAAAUGCCUAAAACAAUAAAACACAACAAAAAUACAAUAAGACAAUAAAAUACAACAAUAAUACACAACAACGGAAAAAACGGGCGCGAACAUUAAAACAAAUAUAUAUACAACAAAAUAACAACACAAGCAGGUAGCCAGCUGGAGCACAAGAAGGAGAAAAAACUAAGAAAAGGGAAAAACGAAGAAGCCGGCCAAUUUGAAGACUAGAAGAAGAGGAAAACAGGAAUUGACGAUAAAACUCUUAUAUACAUUUACACAUAUGUAUAUAUUAUACCCCCCAAUAUACCCCUUGCGGGAGGAUGAAGUGAGUUGUAUCGAUUCCAUUUAAUAUUAUUGUAUAUUAUGCACGUAUGUAUGUAUGACUAAAAUUACAGUUUUAUAUAAUCAUACAUAAAACAUGUAAUAAAAAAUCCCUUUGGUUAAAAUAACGAAACUGGUAUAAAACGGUAAGAAUUUACGCUUUGAUUUCUAGAAAAGAUCAAAAUACUAAUAUAAAAUAUAUAUAUAUAUUACCAAAUAUACUAUAUAUGUAUAUAACAAUCAGAAAAACAAAUUCAAGACUUGCAAAUUUGUUCGGCAAUACCCCUUAUGUUUAACAAAACAAUAAGCAGGAUUGCAAAAACGAAAUAAGCAAAGGCAUAAAAAAAAAAGAGAGAAGAAAACAUACAUACAUACAUAUAUGCAUAUUUUCUUACUUCUCCAUGCAUAAUUUUAAUAUACAUACAAACAAACUGCAUAUACAUAUGUAUGUUGAUAUCAAUAACAUUAACAAAGUGCAUAACAAACAAUUUGUCUUACAAACAUACAUAAAGGGCAUAUGGUAGCAUUUCCUCUCUUCCCAGUGCGAACAUACAGACAUACAUAUAUACUUAUAAUCAUACGGCAUAAAAUCUGCCUGUAAUUUAAUACCCUACACCGAGUACUACCUCCUACUUUAUUAAAAUUAUAAAUUUUAAUUAGUUUUUCAAAAGAAAGGGUAAUUAUCGUAACAUUUCUUAAAUAAUACGAUAAAAUAACACUGUUUAUUUUGGUAAUAGGAAAUAAUUAUUCAAACUAAAACAAAUAAAAAUUAUUUGAACAAAAUAAAGAAAACAAAUAGAUAUUGGUACAUAUAAAACUGUAUGUAACUAUCACGGGUAUUGUCACUUGCGAAGCGAAUUUAUUUGGCGAAGCGAACGCUUUGGCGAACAUACCCUAAAUUUGCAUUGUGAAUGGCGAAUGAACGUAUUCGCUAAAAUAUGUCGUUGCCAUUCAUGAAAAAAGUAGCGCGUUCAUCCGAAUUUGACAUUUGUGUCAUUUAUACUUAAAAAUAUUUAUUAUUAUAUCAACUGAAAUUCGAAAAUAUGUUUAUUAACGCGGAUCUGUAUUUUGAGGAUAAUUACGAUGUGGAAACGCGAACUAAUCUUCUUCGACAGCGCCGUUUUAUUAGAGAUAAUUCUAAUCCUACAGAGCUACCUAACACGGUAUUUGUUGCGAAUUUCCGCUUAAACAAGGGCGCAUUUAUGUAUGUGCUGGAUAAAAUCAAAGACAAAUUUCAUUGUCGGAUGUCGUCUUCCAUAACGCCGAUGUUAAAAUUGUGUGCCGCGCUCAGAUUUUUUGCACAUGGCAGUUACCAACAAGCUAUAGGGAAUGAAUUUCAGUUGGGACUUGCUCAGCCAACAGUUUCCCUUAUUUUAAAAGAGAUCAUACCCAUUUUGGAAAAUGAAAUUUGUCGUACCCAUAUAAGCGUAGAUAUGAGUGAAGAAGAAAAGCAGCAGGCAAGAAGCAAAUUUUAUUCAAGAUCGGGAAUACCAAAUGUAAUAGGCUGCAUCGAUGGAACCCAUAUUGCGAUUUAUGCUCCUACCACAAACAAACACCUCUAUCUAAACAGAAAAGGAUUUUUUAGCAUAAAUGCAAUGAUUGCUUGUGAUCAUGAUAUGAAUAUCCGUUUUGUGGAUGCUAGAUAUGCUGGUUCUACACACGAUUCGUUCGUAUGGAACAAUAGUUCUCUAAAGGCAUGUUUAGAGGCAGCGCAUCAAAACGGAGAUCAGAACUCUAUUUAUUUAGGUGACUCCGGAUACCCACUAAGCCCUUAUUUAUUAACACCUUUCCGUCAUGCAGAAUCUGGAACUAGGGAGUCAAUUUUUAAUAAAAAGCACUCGAAAGCGAGAAAUGUUGUUGAACGUACGAUUGGAGUUUUGAAAUGCCGUUUCAGAUGUCUUCUGAGUGAUAGAAAAAUGCGCUACGAUCCUGCUAAAGUAACAUCCGUUAUUAAUAUAUGCUGUGCCUUGCACAACAUUUGUAAAAAAUUUAGAAUCGGUGAUCCGGAGGAGGCUGAAACCUUCUUUGAUGCCGUUGUACCAUUGGAACCAAUUAAUGAAAAUGGCAAUGGUUCACCAGGAGAGCGCCGCAGAAGACAAAUUGCUGAUGCUUUGAUGUAAAUGAAACUAUCCCGACUUCAGUGAAUAAUAUAUUGCAUUCUUGCAACUUCAUCAAUUUUUUUUCCAUUCUUGCCAUUUUGUUGGAAAGAUUGUCUUGGACUUCGGCUUGCUUUUCCAACGCUUUCAUCCGAAUUACUUCACGUUCCUCUACUGUCAUUCUAGGACGGCUGCUUGAGGAUUGCGAAGCCAAAUCCAUGGCUCGUUGUGUUUCCUCGGUCGUGCGCUCUUCUGGCU